UGACUCAUCAAUAAUUAAAAGCAAAGCUUUCACACUACACCUCACCAUCUACUCAUCUCCUCAACCUCUGCUUGACAAAAGCUUCCUCCCAACACUUCUCUUCUAUUCUAUUAAGUAGGCUCCAAGCUUGCAAAUACAGUGACCUCUCUCUCUCUCUCUGCUUUUGUUUGAAUAAAUUUUCACAAACAUGUUGGAUUACAUGUUCGAGUUGAUCACCCAGGCUGCUUCCAACCACCUCUUCAUCUUCUGUUUCUGUAAUCUGAUCAUUGCCAUUGUUCUUGUGGGCUCAAAACCCACCUCCAAAAUUGGCCAUGCAGCUGAAAUCCCUCUUUCUCUGGUCAUCAACACACGCACAAAUCGCAAUCCAGGAGCAGACAGUAAGCAGCUUUUUUAUGACACAGAAACGUUGAGAAAUGUCAAUCAAGUGUCGUGCUCCCAGGAAGCACCUGUUGAUGAUGGCAGGGAGGAAAAUGGCAACGGCAGUAACAAGAAAGAAGACGAGGAUGAGGAUCGUGAUGAUGAUCUGAGGAAAAAAGUAGAAGAAUUUAUAGAAAAGGUUAACAAGGGAUGGAAGGCUGAAAUUUUGAGGUGAAUUUGUACAAGUUACUUUGUGUAAUAAUGCUGAAACCUUUUGUAUAUUUGUUACUCUGAUGAGACUGUACUGAGGAAAUUUUGAUUGUACUCUCAAGAGCAAUGUGCUUAGGAUUGGUGCUCUUGGGUAUAAAGAAUUUCCUCGGGCCUGUCCAAACUUCGAAACUUUGGUUUGUAUCAUGUACCUACAUGCGUGCAUACCGAAGAUAGAGAUGUUACACAUCUCAAUUUAUUGAUGUAACAUAUUCACCUUGCGUCCUUUGCACACCGAACACCAGACGCAAACUUUGUCCAAAUACUACUUUAGGGCAUGGAGAAAGUAUAAAAUGUGAUUAAAGUUCUUAGA